GUGGUGGAAAACAUCUCAAAGCGAUGCGGCGGGUUCCUGCGGAAGCUCAGCCUGCGGGGCUGCAUCGGCGUCGGGGACGCCUCCCUGAAGACCUUUGCCCAGAACUGCCGAAACAUUGAACAUUUAAACCUCAAUGGUUGCACGAAAAUCACCGACAGUGUGUCUGCUCUUUUCCAGCACGUGUUAUAGCCUUAGCAGAUUCUGUUCCAAGCUGAAGCAUCUGGAUCUGACUUCCUGUGUGUCCAUCACGAACAGCUCCUUGAAGGGGAUCAGCGAGGGCUGCCGGAGCCUGGAGUACCUGAACCUGUCGUGGUGCGACCAGAUCACCAAGGACGGCGUGGAGGCGCUGGUGCGCGGCUGCAGAGGCCUCAAGGCGCUGCUCCUGCGGGGCUGCACCCAGUUAGAAGAUGAAGCCCUGAAGCACAUCCAGAAUUACUGCCAUGAGCUCGUGAGCCUCAACUUGCAGUCCUGCUCGCGCGUGACCGAUGAAGGGGUGGUGCACAUCUGCCGCGGCUGCCACCGGCUGCAGGCGCUGUGCCUCUCCGGCUGCAGCAACCUCACGGACGCCUCUCUCACGGCCCUGGCUCUCAACUGCCCGCGACUCCAGAUUUUGGAGGCUGCCCGAUGUUCCCAUUUGACUGAUGCAGGCUUUACGCUUUUAGCUCGGAAUUGCCACGAUCUGGAGAAGAUGGAUCUGGAAGAAUGCAUCCUGAUAACGGACAGCACGCUGACGCAGCUCUCCGUGCACUGCCCGAGGCUGCAGGCGCUGAGUCUGUCCCACUGUGAGCUCAUCACGGACGACGGGAUCCUGCACCUGAGCAACAGCGCUUGCGGCCACGAGAGGCUGCGGGUCCUGGAACUGGACAACUGCCUCCUCAUCACCGACGCGGCCCUGGAGCACCUGGAGAGCUGCCGCGGCCUGGAGCGCCUGGAGCUGUACGACUGCCAGCAGGUGACCCGCGCAGGCAUCAAGCGGAUGCGGGCUCAGCUCCCUCACGUCAAAGUCCAUGCCUAUUUUGCUCCCGUCACCCCCCCGACAGCAGUGGGCGGAAGCGGGCAGCGACUGUGCAGGUGCUGUGUCAUUCUCUGACGGCAGCUGCCCGAGCCCAAGGCGCAAGGUGUCCCUUCCUCUGGAGAAGACCCAAGUCUCUUCCCGACCUGCUCCGCCUUCACUCAGUCUCUCGGUUCUCCACUGGGAAAGGCUGUACAGGUAAGACUCCACCAGGGACCGCAGCAGCUCCGGCGAGAAUCUUCACCUUCAUUCUGCUGUGAUGCGGUCCCGUCACAGCCUGGUGUCUACUGGCACAUGGCAGAGUGGUCUCGGGGUAGCUGGGCCACGCGAGAGAAGGGCGCCUUCUUAGGUGCAGAAGUGCCGCCCCUGGCUUUGUCAGCAUUCCUCAGACCAUCAGUGUUAGCACAAAUCGAGAAGAAAUAAGCUGUUGAUUUUCUACCUGAUACUUAAGCCAGUGGCCUACUUUAAUUCACACUGAUUUCAUUUUGAUGAGCAGGACUCUUCCACUUCGAGAAAGUUGGCUAUUUAAUCUUCAACGUGACUGCACUGCAAAUUUACGAUGCCUGAUAGUUUUCUACGUAGAGACUUAGGCGGGAGGCAAGGUAGCAGGUUUCCACGAGCCACCAAAGAAACAAGGAUUCUGAACUGGGUGGGGCGGGGUCUUCACCCUUCUGCUUCUGUCAGCUUGUCACGUACACCUUCGGGGACCAAACGCCACACACACAGCUCAGAGGCUGUGUCAGUGCCUCGCUGGAGAGGAGCCGUGGCACAGGCUGGGCAGAGUGCAUUUUUGUGAAUCCUGUCAUCUCUGCCACAUCUGGGGGGCCUUAAAGAGCUAGGAUGGCUUAAGUUACCUACAAUAUAAUCAAUUAAAAAUAAUGAAUGGAUGCAUGUA